GGGCGGGGCAGGGGGCGGGGCCGGCCUCCGGAGGGGCUGGCGGCUGCCGCGCAAGCCGCAGUGUCCCAGGGAUCCCGCCGAGCCGUGGUCGCCUCCGUCACCAUGGGGCAGAUCGAGUGGGCCAUGUGGGCCAACGAGCAGGCACUGGCGUCUGGCCUGAUCCUCAUCAUGGGGGGCAUUGUGGCCACUGCCGGCCAGUUCACCAAGUGGUACUUCGGCACGUACUCCAUCUGCGCAGGCGUGUUUGUCUGCCUGCUGGAGUACCCCCGGGGGAAGAGGAGAAAGGGAUCCACCAUGGAGAGAUGUGGACAGAAGUACAUGACCAAAGUGGUGAAGGUGUUCGGGCCUCUGACCAGGAACUACUACAUCCGGGCCUUCCUGCACCUUGCGCUGUCAGUGCCUGCUGGCUUCCUGCUUGCCACCAUCCUGGGGACCGCCUGCCUGGCCAUCGCGAGCUGCAUCUAUCUGCUGCUGCCCUGUUGGGCCUGCCUGGAGUUGGGACACAUGCAAAGGCCCCGUGGUGAGGAUGCACGUGACCCGGUCUUCACAGAAGGGCUGGCGGACAUUGGGGCGGACGGUGUGGACGGAAGCUCUGCCGGGCACAGGCUUUGGGCCCGAUGCUUCGCUUCUCUGGCGCUGAAUGUUCAUCCUUCCGUUUGUGUGCGGCCUUCCGCGGAGAGCAGUGGGUCCCCAUUGAGCCCAAGCCCAAGGAGCGGCCGCAGGUGGGAGGCACCAUCAAGCAGCCGCCCAGCAACCCCCCGCCGCGGCCCCCAGCCGAGGCCCGAAAGAAGCCCAGCGAGGGGGAGGCCGCAGGUGCAGCGGGAGUUUCCGGUGGCCCCCAGGAAAACCCGGUCCCGGUGAUCGACGAGGUCGUGUGACCCGCGUCUCCAGCAGUCCCCCAUGUAGCCCCCAAAAUAAAUCGAAGAGAGCAGGC